AUGAGCACCAGAAAUCCGGACUUAGAUUCCGAGUUGCUUCGGUUCUACCAGAUCAGAACUCUCAAUCCCAACUCGUGGGCCAGAGAUAACCAGGCUGUUGACUUUGCUUAUCCAGAGACGGAUGAUCCAGCCUCAGACGAGUACUUCUCACUAUUGCCUCAAUUGAUGAACACAGAUGCAAACGACCGCUCGGACUAUGCGAUCGGAGACUCCUCUCUGGACUAUAUGGACCCGUUGGGUUUCCACGAGUCAAUCGUGGAUGAGUUGAUUGAUAGAGACGUGGUCGAAAGUACACGCGACCCGGCCAGACUAAAAUACCUGAUUGGUUCCAAAUCCUUCAAUCCAAAGCUGUUUCUGAAGACUAUUCACAACGACAAGAGUUUUGACCAACUGAACUCCGCCCUGGGCUACUUGGAUAGCGAGAUGCAGAAACGAAACAAGGAUCUAAGACAGAUAGUUGAGCUGGAAUUCUCGAGUUUCAUCAAGGCUAAGGGCUCUCUCGACAAUAUAUAUACGCAGUUUGCGAAAACCAAGUUCGAGGGUACAGACGAUAAUCCUGGUCUUCUGGGAAAAUUGUCUGGGUUUGUGAAUAGUGCAAGUGCGAGUUCUACGCGACUGUUGAACCCAACACUAGAGAGCAAAAGCCGAGAGUUGGCGGUGGAAUCCACAAUCUCGUUCGUUCAGGAAAACAAGCUACUUUUCAACCUUCCAUCUAGUCUUCAGGACUACAUUUUGAAAAAUGAUUUCGAUUCUUUGAUCAACGACUACGAGAAAGGCAGAGCGUUAUAUGAUGCUCAGUUGCAGUCGUGUGCACCUGCGGUGGUGAAGAUCCUGAACAGAGUGUGGGAUGAAGUCGAGCAAAUCAUAUCUGAGUACAAGGAGAACCUGUGGAGAAGAUUAGACUCCGUUGAGCUUGAUACUGUCACCAAUGUGAGUCUUCCUUCAAGCAACAAUGAGAGGAACUUUCUGACAACUGUGAACAAGCUUUUGGAACUUGGUGUGGAAGACAAUCCUUUAGUAGUGUUUCUGGAGAGUCAAUACACGAAGGUUUUGGGGGAGCAAAAUUCAGGAAAAUGCCAUGCCUUCCUUCUCAAAAUGGUAAAACUCGACCAAAGCAUCAAGCAGACAUAUACAGAAGGUUCUGCUGUCUCAAAUGUUGCUCUCAAGUACCUUUAUGGUUUGUUCAUUGACAAGCCCGUGAUAAUGGUUGAUCACGGUGCCAUGGUUAAGGACCUACCCUUAGUGAUGGAGAUGUGGAUGGCAAUAACCUCAUAUGUCAAAGAACUGGUGGAAGGGGUACUGACGAAGAAAAUUGUUAGAUUCGGACUCGUUUCCGAUUAUUUCACAAACAGAGAGUUUCAAAGGGCACGCCGGCAGAUGUACUCACAAAGAGAUCCGUCAUCAAUUGCUAUGAGAGUGCAGAAUGCAAAUGUUCACUUGGAACUAGGAGAUGUUCAAAUCCAAGAUAUCAGGAAGAAGAACCAGUUUCUCAUUACUGCUGUUUGUGACAAGCUCACGAGGCUCUUCAUGGCUAGCUCUCAGGACUUGCCGGGAUUACUUAACAUGUCUGGCCAACCCGUUGCUCCUGGAUCCCCUGUGAAGAACGAUGGAUCUCUCUCUUCUUAUGGCUUUGUGCCUUCUUUUUCGAACACGAUAUCGACUCUUCGGUAUCUUCUUGAGUUGCAACGGUUGAUCAGCGAAUCGAUGGCCAAACUCACAUCUGCCAGGGCGUCCGCAUGUACUACUGCCUCGGUUGUUGAAACUUUGAGAGAAACUUACCGCAAAAUUAACAGCAGAUUCAUCAGCUGCGUUCUCGUCUUGAUGGUGAAGGAUGCUGAGAAAAUCAACCAGCUUGAAACGUGGGAGAAGUCCAAGACAACUCCUGGCUGCACGGCUCUCAUUGACUUUAUGCGUAACUAUUUCGAGACAAUGUUGCCUCUUUUCUCAGAUCUGGUAUUCAACGUGAUGGAAACACCAAUCUCUGAUGAUAUGGGGUUGUUACCAAGCUACCCUGCGAAAAAGAUAUUGAGCGGAAUCGAGUCUCAGUUUGUUCGUGCUUUGAGAGUGAUUCUGGAAGCAUCGGUAAGGAAAGAACUUCACGACACACAAAGUGCAGAGUCGGUUGAUGCUGCUAAAGAACAUAGAAUGCUGAGUCUCGGAAAUGUCUCAGAAAUGAAGUCCAGUGUGUUCCCAGCUAUCAUCCAAACGUAUGACCGUGCUUUCCGCUCCAACUUAUCCAAGCAGAACCUGGACCUGUACCCUACUUUGGAGAACGUUGAGGUCACUUUGUUCCACGAUUACAUUGUCACAUACUACCCAGCAGUCCAAACCAUGAUCAAAGAAGGAAUAGCCAGAGUGGAUUGGAUUACGCCCAACCAACCCGUCUCGGCAAGUGAGUACAUUCACAAGCUGAUCAUGUUUCUGAUCAUUGCUAAGUCCAGCAUAACGUCAAACUCGACGAAGCUUCCUCUUUCAAAUGAGAUAUUCAAAAAUUUACAGGCGUAUAUGUUGAGGACAAUGUUGGAUUCUUUGAGAAGAGUCGACAAAUUCUCAGAAGGAGGUAUUUACCAGCUAAUAUUCGAUCUGCUUUUCUUCGCCAGAGUCCUACAAAAUACUCUUUCGGGGUCUGCAGACUCUGCUCUUCAGCAGAUAUACAAAGAAGUUGUUGAUCCACGCUUUGGAAAGCAAAGAGAUUACAUGAUUAAUUCCCUUUCUGAAAGGGUGAAAAAAGCUUUGAGCUCAAGUGCAGCUGAAUACGCAUGUUUCAGGGCAUAA